GACUAGUUUCCUUGGCUGUUCAUUUCCGAAGGCUAACGCUGUUUACAAAACAUUAGUAAGGAUUGGGAGCUUGACACCGUGACGUUGUCACUGGCUCAAAAACCGAAACAUUCGUUUGAAUCGUAUGCCGUUAGUUUUGAGAUCCAUGACGUCUGUCAAGAUAGCUGUCAAACAGGACGUGUAUUUCGUGGAUAAAGAAACGUUUUCAACUUGGAAAAUUAUGCUUAAAUGUGAGAUCGCAAMCAUACUCUUUAAGUAAAGGUGUUACUAAAGGCAGAAAAGAUUUCAUUUCUAAACAUGUUUACCACGCUAAUGGUAGCAGUGCUUAUACCAGGAGUUAUAACUUUACGAGUUUUCAAACCUGGCRAUGUAUCACUUGGUGGACUUAUUUCCCUCCACAAAGAACACAAYGGKGUCAACUGUACCCGGUUCUACCUCCCUGGCUUAAACAGAGUCGAGUCCAUCCUGUACACUGUCGGAAAAAUCAACAACAGYUCGGAAAUUCUUCGGAAURUUACUCUGGGCUACGACGUACGUGAUUACUGCAAUGACCGUGCAUUAGCAAUGAAGGAAACRUACGAAUUUACAAAGAAAAAUCCACAUGCUUUUGACUGGGUAAGCGASUCGAGUUCCGAAGAUUCUUGUCGGAGAUGCGUYGAUGAGAGUSGGAAUGUAUCGGAUUCCGUCGUUGCUGUGAUCGGYCCAUAUGGAUCACGCAAUUCACUACAAGUUGCUGGACUUCUUCAGGUUGUUGGAAUGGCAGGUAUAAGUCCUUCUGCAACAAGUGAAGAACUGAGUUGGUCUUUCUAUAAUAAGUUCUUUCGAACUGUUCCUCCAGAUAAUUUCCAAGCAAAAGCCAUGGCUGAUUUGAUCGAUAAAUUUCAAUGGAAUUACGUGGCGGCAGUUGCUGUGGAGCAUUCUUAUGGACUGUAUGGAAUACGAGCCCUAGAACGCGAAGCCAUCGAAAGGAAAACGUUCUGUCUCGGAUUCACGGAGUACAUCCCACCAACGGGGUACCAAAGGCAACUUAAGAUUAUUGUAUCGAAACUCAAAGCUGCUGAGAAUGUGAAAGCUGUAGCGCUGUGGAUAGAGGACCGAAUUGCUAAAGAUCUCAUGAGCGAAGCAGCAAGGCAACAAGUGCAUUAUCGAGUGUGGUUGAUGAGUGAUUCACUUGCUACAAAGACGCCGGAAUUCCUUGGACCUGAUUUUAUCUACCUGGGAAUUUAUCUCGGCGUCCAGCCCAAACAAUACAGAGAUUUGGAAUAUGAAAAUCAUCUUAGAACACUGACACCUAAGAAAAGCAUUAUGAAUGGAAAUCCUUUCUGGRGAAAUCUAUGGAUGGAAGAGUUUGGUUGUGUUCCUUCAAUGAUUAAURGUUCUGAAAGYUCAAAAGUUUGUAACGAAAGCCUAAGAAUCACUGAAAACAUCUUUCAAAAGAUAUUCGACGAUUUUAUUCCGUACCAAGUCGACGCCAUUCACGCCAUUGCGCAUGCUAUUGAUAACAUAUACCGCUGCAUCAAUGGCACUGGGCUCUUACCAAAAGGGGUGUGCCCAUCAACGGUKCCGUCUAUUAAACCAGAGCAUGUUCUUUUGUAUCUAAGAAAYGUCAGCUUUCAAGGAAUAACUGGRAAAAUACARUUCGAUGAAAAUGGUGACCCACAUGGUUCAUCUUAUGAYAUYAUUAGCUUUCAAAAGAAUAGAMCCAACAGUUCACGGUAUGAAAAAGUACGAGUCGGUACUUGGGACAAAAAUACCUUKCCACGGCUUCGUAUUUUCCAAGACGCCAUUGCUUGGAACGACAGUGCUCCUAAAUCUGUUUGCAAAAAUUUAUGCCCACCAGGGACUAUGCAGACUAAAACGGUUGCAUGUUGUUGGGAAUGCUUGAGAUGUCCUGACGGGACAGUGUCGAGUUCGAAAGGCGAGGCCAACUGCACGUCAUGCUCCUCGACGCAAAAAUCCAAYGACGAUAGAACUUCAUGUGUUGAUCUACCAAUCAUAACGCUGCAAUGGACUGACGUCACUGCUAUUGUCAUCGCUGUCAUGACGAGUCUAGGGCUCCUGAUGUGUGUGAUAGUUAUGCUGGUCUUUUUUGUGAAUAAUUCCACAGCAAUUGUCAAAGCUUCCAACAAAGAACUGAGUUCUUUGGUUCUCMUUGCCAUAGUGUUUUGUUUUGUGCUGACAUUUUUACACAUAGCACACCCUUCGGAUGCGAUCUGCUCCAUAAUGGAGCCAUGGAGGUACRUUAGYUGUACMAUGUGCGUCUCCGUCUUAGUUUUAAAGACSAUCAGAAUCCUGCGCGCCUUUGAAACSCAAUCGAUGUUUCAAUGGUUAAACAAACACUUCAUCUUUGACACAAAAAAGCAAUUCAUUUUAGUGAUUUUAAUGAAUGUGCCCCAASUCAUUCUCUCAAUAUUAUGGAAAACAGUCGACCCAGCUUCCGUUAAGAUGGAAAUUAUAGCCAAAGUUUCGGUCCUAUUGACGUGUCGGCUGCAUCAAACAACGGCGGGAUUUACACUCCACAUGAGCAUGGUUGCGUAUUUGAUCAUAUGGUCAAUAUUCUGUGCCUACUACGCUUUUAAAGCRCGAAAUUUACCCGAAAACUUCAACGAAGCGAAAUACAUUGGUUUUUCUAUGUACACUCUGUUGCUAUCAUGGAUUACGUAUUUCCCCGUUCAAACUACACUGGAUGGCUGGUACGUUUCCGUUGUGUCUUGCGCAACUAUUCUAGUCAGUUCGUAUGGCUUUUUGAUUUGUAUCUUUGCACCGAAGCUGUUUGUCAUACUUUUGCAUCCAGAGCGGAAUACAAUAGACGUGGUCAGGUCUACUAUGCGCCAGAACAAGUUAAGUGCCGUUGGACCAUGUGAUCAAUUGGCCAAUGGCAUUCACGUGUCUCACAGUCCUGUGUCUCAAGGAGACUCGAAGUACGUCAUUGACGACACUCAAAGUUAAUCAAAUGUGAUUUACAUGCAGACAGAUUAGAUUUSGGGUAAAAGUAGCACGUAGUUAUAAGGAUAGAAUAGGAUAGUUCAUUAAAAAGUCACAUCGCAUCCCAGAGGCUGAAUAYUUCAGUUUCGAAUUCAUAGCGAAAAASCACUGCUUUAUGUGAGAACAGAUUGUCUUGCAUAAAGACCUUACCAAACACGAAAGAGAACACGAGAAAUUGUCAUUAUUUUCCCCUACUUGAAACUAGCCCUGUAUUCCCUUGCCUGCGCUCAUCCGAACCCAUUGGUGCUUGGUAAGUUCUUUGCGUGAGAGAAUCUGUUGUCAAAUAAAACCGCGGUUAUUCGCUUUGAACUUGAAAAGGGAGCAUUAAGCAAUUUGUACAACUUUUACAAAACAAUUUGAAUCAAAUAUGACACUCCAGAYAGGAAUGGGUGAAAUUACACACCAAUAUGACAUCACUAACUCUUUUUAAAAUGGUUUCUAAGAAAAACUAAGCGAAUAAUUGUUGGUCGUGAUACCUGAAUAAGGCAAGCGCUAGAAUAGUUAGCUGUGACCUUGCAUGUGCAAUUACAUUUCUUUCGCUAWAUUUUUAGAGGACAAAAAAGGCAAUGUACAGACARCMAUAUCAUAUUCACGAUACAAAAACGAUUGAUUCGAGUUUCAACAGUAAGUUAAGGUUAAAAAGGUCAUAUCGCAUCACGGACCUCGACCUGUUGCCACGUAUUAGGCACGUGACAUGUCAAGACCUUUGACCUCUAUGUUAAUUUCCAGGGCAGUUCAAGGUUUUCAAAAAAUCCAUGCACAUCAGUUCGAAGCAGCUACUGAAUAAAAAAAAAACGUCGAGGGAUAACGGCGCAGGGUGAUUGUAUGAAGAUGGGACUAUGUUUGCUCAGUUUAGCUUUCAAAAUUUCACUUCCUUUGGCAACCUUGCUUAUUGAAAUGGAAAUUAUUGUGKAGGCAAUGAUUACCGCAGAAUAUAUCUUACGGUAUAAAUCUAGUUAUUAUUUCUCAUCAAUUAGCAAAACCCAUGGYCCCAUUCGGUUGUGCAAUCACCACUGACAAUACUCUAGUUUCAAGAUCUUAUUUGUGCAGCCUUAACCUCGAAAGCAUGUAAUAUAUUCUUUUAUUCAGCAGAGUUCCUAUUGUAAUACAAAUAUUCGACCUGUGUACAAAGAAGAUAACAAAUAUUUUUGCUUUAUUGAAGCUAAGCUUGCACGAUAGAGGAAUUCGAAACUGGAGUAUUGCCAUUCGCCAUUUUUCUCGUAACAACCUUUCUUGAAAUAGGUAUAUAUAUUACAACUAGUACCAUCACUGUUCGUGCUAUUUCUUUCUUCUUAUGGUUAUACAUUUAAAGUUCAAGCUCUCUUUCUCGAACAUUACAUUCUGUGAUUAAGAAAUAUAAAACCGCGCGCGUGUCUCUGUCCUCUGAUAUAAACACGG